UCUGCUUGCAUUAUGAGUCUUCUUUUUGUCGUUCUCGGUGUAAAUUUGUAGAGCGAGCAGCGCGGUGACAUGGAGCUAUCUCCAACCCUGUCAGUUGCGUCGUCGGUAGACAGUCCCAAUCCUUCCUUUUCGCACCCACCGCCGCUGCCGUCAUGAGCGACAAAAAGACGACGGCAAAAGUCCCGUCCUCUCUCGUCAACACCUUGACCUCGCACACGGGGGCGAUCAACGCCAUCACCUUCUCCUCCCAGGCCGGCACGUACGUCCUGACCGGGUCCUCCGAUCGGCAGAUCCACCUCUCGCGUACCGAGCCCGCCACCGACCCCGACAAAAAGAAGCAGUCACCUGGGCCUAUUCAAAAAUACGUCGCGCACGGGUAUCCCAUCCUGGACAUCGCGGUGUCUCGGGACAACCAGACCUUUGCCAGCGUCGGUGGGGACCGCAGCGUGUUCCUCUGGGACGUGGCGAGCGGCGGCUCCGAGGGGACGAGCCGACGGUUCGGGAGCAACACCAACCAAGGGCACAGCAGUCGGAUCAACUGCGUCGCAUUCACGGGGGAUGGCGACACCGUGAUCGCGAGCGGGAGCGACGACACCUCGGUGAGGCUGUGGGACGUCAAGAGCCGGGACACCAAACCGCUGAUGGUCCUCGACGAGGCCAAGGACGGCAUUUCCAGCAUCGUCGUGACCGGGAAUGGUUACGAGAUCGUCGCCGCCAGCGUGGACGGGAGGGUGAGGAGCUACGACGUCCGAAUGGGCAGGGUGACGGUCGACGUGUUUCCCGGAUCCGUGACGAGUUUGGACGUGUCGAGGGAUGCGAAGACGAUCCUGGUCGGGUGUCUCGACGGGAGGAUAAGGCUGAUGGAUCGCGGGGAUGGGACCUGUCUGAGAGCGUUCCCGUCUGAAGAAGACAACGCCAAAAGCUACAAGAAUACUAGCCUACGACUCAAGAGCUGUCUGGCAAUCAAUGAGAGCCUCGUGCUGAGUGGGAGCGAAGACGAUGGCAACGUACGAGGAUGGGACGUGCUCUCUGGAAAGAGUGUAGGAGAUGUCAACGUCAGUCCUUCGGGGAAAGUCGUCAGCGUGGUCAAGUGGAGAGAAGGCAGUCAAGCUCAGGGUAGGCAGGGUUUGUGGGCUGGAGGAAGCGCUGACGGUGUCGUCAAGAUCUAUAGCACCGGUUGAGCACAAAGCAAUCUAAAUCUUCACAUGG